AAUAGAAGAAGAAAAAUGCUCUAAUUGUAAUAACAAAACGAAAAUAGAAUUCAACAAAAUUCUUUAAAAUAAUGGCAGGAAGUCGAUUAGAAAGAAUUGGCACGAUAUAUACUAGAACAACAGGAUUAAUAAAAUCCAAAGCUCUUAACUGGGAAGACAGACCUCUAUGGUAUGAUUUAUACGAAGCAUUUCCGCCAAAAGAAGAGCCAAGUUUCGACCGUCCUAUUCCAAACAUAAAAUUGAAAAAUAUAUUCUACAAAGAAGAUAGGAUUAGGGCAAUAUUCCAUAGAAAUAAUAAAUAUGUGGGAACAAUCAAUUUAUUUAAUAAUAACUACAAAUCUUUAACCCAAAGGUUUGUAGACAUUUAUCAAAAAUUGGAAGAGAACUCAGGAGAUGGCACUACUGAAGAACAACUAUACAAAGAAGCUAUUGAAGUUUUAAAACGAGAUAAGGAGAUUAAAAAAGAUUCUGAAGAUGAACCAGUAACCUUGAGUAGUGCAUUUAAACAAGCCAAAUUAGAUCAAGACAAAGUGAAUAUAAAUAUAUCAAAUAUAUUUAAAGAUUGAAAAUGUAUGUUCUUAGUAUUUUGUAAAUAAAGCUAUUGCAUUAUCUA